AUGUUUGCUCGUUUGACGUCUAGAUACAAUGCUCUCUUCAAUAGAGCCCCAAUCAGUACGAUGUGCUUUACUGCUGGCACCCUAGGUGGCCUUUCAGAUGUCCUUGCGCAAGGAAUCACUUAUUACCAAGCAAAGAAAAAAGCGCCUAUAGGCUUAACCGAGGAAGUAGUUCGUUCUUCUUCAGGGAUCCCAAACCUUGCUCGCAUUCUUCAAUUCGUUUCUUUUGGUUUUGCUAUUUCUCCUUUGCAAUUCAAAUGGCUAAAGUUUCUGUCCAUGAGAUUUCCUGUGGAAAAAGGCGUUAGCAAUGUCGUUAUUCGUGUUUUGCUAGAUCAAGCUAUUUUUGCUCCUUUUGGUACUGCCUUUUUCUAUUCUUGGAUGACUAUUACUGAGAAAGGAAAAGGACUCAACGAUGUUGGUAACAAGCUGAAGAAUUUGUUUGUCCCGACUCUUAAGGCAAACUAUGUUGUUUGGCCUUUUAUCCAAUCAAUUAAUUUUUAUUUAAUGCCAUUGCAAUUUCAAAUGCCCUUUGCUUGCCUAUGUGCUUUGUUCUGGAACACAUUUCUGAGCCUGAAAAAUGCUGGAUCAGCAGAAAGAGAGCGACAGGAAUAUGAGUUGCUUCAAUUAUAA